AUGACUUGUAAAUCAGCAAUUACAACACGUAAAAAAAACAAGUCAUAUCCAAAAAAAAAUUUAUCAAAAAAGUCUCAAAGUAAACCUAUAAUCAUUUCUGAUUCGGAAACAGAAGCAGUCUCAAAUAAAAAACCCAAAAUUAAAUUAGAAUCAAAUAACUUGAAUGAAUUAGAAAUUGAAGAAUGA